AUCUUAGCCACUAUUCACAAUUUGCAAGAGCCUUGUUCCCUUCAAGAUACUUGCAUUGCUAGAGCGAACGCCGCGGGGUUUGCACUGCCUGCUAACUUACCAGACGCCUUAAUUAAAGUAAACAAAAAUGGAUGAAUAUAAAACUCGUGGUAGAAAUAGCAGACGAGAGGAUUAUAGUAGUGAGUACGAUGAAGGAAAUUAUCAAGAAAGAGGUGACGCCAAUUUUGCAAAUCUGUCACGUAUGGACAGCAUUCAAGAUCCUGGUAAAAGAUUUAUUCUUAAGGAGUGUAUAGGUUCAGGAGUCUGUGGCGAUGUAUAUGAAGCUAUUGAUGAAAACAGUGGAAAUAAAAAAGUCGCUAUAAAAAUUCGGAAACUAGUCCCAGAAACUCAAAAUCAUAUUAUGGAAGAGUACAAAGUUUUACGGGAAUUUUCAUCACAUCCGAAUCUUCCAAACUUUUAUGGAAUUUAUCGCAAGAGAACAGGAAAGAAGUCCGAAAAUGAUCAAAUAUGGUUUAUCAUGGAACUUUGCGAAGGAGGUCCAGUAAUCGAUCUUUGUAAAGGACUUGUAUUGCAGGGGAAAAAAAUGCGAGAAGAGCAUAUUGGUUAUAUUAUACGAGAAGUUAUUAAGGCUUUAAUACACUUACAUGAAAAUAAAAUAAUUCACCGAGACGUGCGAGCUAGUAAUAUGGUUUUAACUAGAGAAGGAGAAGUAAAACUUGUUGAUUUUAGUUUUGCUAAAAUAAUGAAAGGAGAACAUGAGAAUCAACAUGUAUGCAUUGGUUCACCAUCUUGGAUAGCACCAGAAACUGUUACCUGCAAAGAUUCUGGAUACAAUACUAAAGCAGAUGUUUGGGCUAUUGGAAUCACUGCGAUUGAAAUGGCUGAUGGGAAAGCACCUUUCCAAGAUAUGCACUCAACUAGAGCACUUUUUCAAAUUGUCAGGAAUCCUCCACCAUCUCUUUACAGACCAUCUAACUGGUCUCAAAAUUUUAACGACUUUAUUAACGAGUGCCUAGAAAAAAAUCCAGACAACAGACCAUUUAUGAUGGAAAUUUUAGAACACCCAUUUUUAUCAGAAUUGCCAGAAAAUGAUUAUACAUUGACUCAAGAAAUAAAGGCAUUGGUUAUGGAUGUAUGUCCAAUGGGCAGAAGAAACAGAAAACCUGAAGUUAUUGUUUAUGAAGGAUUCUUAAAGACUCACCAAACUGAGCCAUUGGAACCAAUGUUAACAGAAGAUUUAUCAGCAUUAGACAAUCUUACGGAAGACAGCAUUUUAAACGAAUUACAUGAAAGAUUAAAAUUAGGAUUUUUUCAUACAUUUGUAGGUGAUAUACUACUAAUACUUAAUCCAAAUGAAGAACAAAACAUUUAUGAAUCUAACUAUCAUGCCAAAUAUCAGUGUAAAUCACGAUCAGAUAAUGCCCCACAUAUUUAUUCAGUGGCUGAUAGUGCAUACCAAGACGUACUUCAUCAUGAAGAAAUUCAACAUAUUAUAUUUUCUGGAGAAAGUAAUUCUGGCAAGACAACAAACAUGAUUCAUCUCAUUAGACAUCUUAUGUAUCUUGGCAAGAGUAUCAAUGAUAUUGGAGCUAGACUUAUAAAGGCAAUCAACAUCAUACACGCUUUCACGAAUGCAGCAACACCGUUAAACCAUAAUUCAACACGAUGUCUUUUACAAAUCCAAACAACUUACGGAUCUACAGGAAAAGCAUCCGGCGCAAUAUUUUGGUUGUACCAGUUAGAAAAGUGGCGCAUUUCAACACGUGAACGAGCACAAUCAAACUUUCAUAUUCUCUAUUAUUUUUAUGAUGGAUUGAAUGCUUCCGGUAAAUUAGAUGAUUAUUUAUUAUCAUCAAGUAGAAAAUACCGAUAUUUAAGACUAGGAGACAAAAGUGCCGGAAACAAACGGUCAUUUAAAGUAAGAAAUGAUCCCCAGGGCAAUGCUUUAAAAUUUGAUAGUCUUAUAAAGGAUAUGCAAUCUUUAGAAUUGGAAGAGCAUUCUGAUACCAUUUGGAAAAUUUUGUCAGCUAUUUUAAAUCUAGGUGAAAUAAUUUUCGUGGAGGAUAACAACGGUGAAGCGGAAAUUGAAAACAUGGAAACUGCAAAUAAAGUUGCAGACUUAUUAGGUGUUGAGCAAAAGAAAUUCACUUGGUCACUAGUAAAUUAUUGCCUAAUUAAGAAAGGAGCAGCAAUAAGAAAAAAGCAUACAUGUGAUGAAGCCAAAGAGGCAAGAGAUGUUUUCGCAAAUACUCUUUACCAACGCUUAGUUGAUUGGAUUAUUAAUAUAAUUAAUUACAAAUUUUCUAUCUCACGAACAUUAUUUGGUGAUAAAUUUUGUAUAAGUGUUCUCGACCUUUUUGGAUUUGAAUGUUUUGCAGUCAACAAAAUUGAACAACUUGUUAUAAACACCGUGAACGAGCAAUUGCAAUGUCAUUACAAUCAACAAAUUUUUGCUUGGGAAAUGCAAGAACAAGAAGAAGAAGAAGUACCAUUGCGAAAAUACCAUUACUAUGAUAACAAGGAUGCCCUUGACCAACUUAUGGACAAAAACUAUGGAUUAUUUCACAUAAUAGAUGAUGCGUCAAGGCAACAACAAGAUGUGCAAUAUAUAUUUGAUAUACUUAACCAAAGAUCGCAAACAGUCCAUAUUAAAGUAAUAGGAAAACAUGAAUUCACCGUCGCACAUUAUACAGGAAAGUUAAUUUACGAUGCAAGUGAUAUAGUAGAAAAAAAUCGAGACUUUUUAGCUCCAGAAAUGAUUGAAACUUUAAGGCUGUCUGUUUUUGAUAUAAUUAAAUCAUUGUUUCUCAAUCAGCUAACACGUUCAGGGAACCUUACCAUCACUGUGGAACAUCCAAACCCUUCCACAAACAAAACGCCAAGAAGCAAAUGGGGAGCUGCACUUAUGCAAGAAACAACAAAAAUUAGAAAAUAUAACACCAUCUCCAGAGGACAAUUUUCGCAGACGUCCAAAAUGAGAACUUGUGCAGCAGUUUUCCGUUCAACUUGUCUUGAAAUUUUAAAAAGUCUGUCUGUAGGGGGAGGAACUCACUUUGUUAGAUGCAUUCGUUCAGAUCUUGAAAGUAGCCCUCGUGGAUUUUAUCGAGAAGUAGUUAAACAGCAAAUAAGAGCAUUAGCUAUUCUUGAUACGGCUAAAGCGAAGCAACAAGGUUUUCCGUACAGAAUACCGUUUCAAGAAUUUUUACGGAGAUAUAAAUUUCUAGCUUUUGAUUUUGACGAGAAUGUUGAAAUAACAAAAGAUAAUUGCCGAUUGUUAUUAUUAAGAUUGAAAAUGGAAGGCUGGCUUAUUGGUAAAAGCAAAGUUUUUCUUAAAUACUACAAUGAAGAAUAUUUAUCACGUCUCUAUGAAACGCAAGUAAAAAAAAUUAUCAAAGUCCAAUGUAUGCUAAGAGCUUUUCUUGCUCGGAAGACAAUGGUUUCAAAAUCUACUAAAGUAAAAAGAGAGUUGGUGAAGAAAGCAUCGAUAAAAAAGAAGGAGAGUUUGGAGAUGUCACAGGAGGAAGCGGCUUUGAUGAUACAAAAAGCAUACAGGGGGCAUUCUGUGAGGAAGGAAGUGAAUCCACUUCUGAAAGGGGAUAUGGAUCAGGAGACGAAAGACUUCAUGAUGUUUUACAGCCAAAAGUGGAGAGCGAAGAGCAUGUUCCAAGUCCUCCUACGUUACCGUGCAGCCCGAUAUCAAGAUCUGGUCCACUUCUCUCAGCAAGUUCAUCUAUUCAAUCAAGCGAUAGUGGGGGAACUACAAAUGAUCAAUGAACGAACUCCUUUAGAAAGGAUUGACCCCGGAAUCAGACCUUCUUCUUACUUAGGUCCAUUGAAGCCACCUCAAGUUUAUAAAUUACCGUUUAACAUCCAUCAUGAAUUACCUUUCUUUGAUACAGCAUUCAUGAAUGACCCAACAAAAAUUAAAAAAAAAGCUGGAUCCUUAUCACCUUCGACAUCUGAUGACGAACAUGAAGCAUGGGACGCGCCAUUACGAAGACAGAAAGUCCUUUGGGCAAAUAGCAACAUUCAAACGAGAGACGUUCAAGUUCAAACCACGAAUUCUCCUCACCGCGUAACUCAUUCUUCAAACGUCGGGGUUCAAAGUCUGAUCAACAUUCCAUUUUCCAGGGAUCCAAACCAACCAGUUUGCUGUCCACCAGAAGAAACAAUCCAAAAUAAAAUAUCUACUGACUUUCAACCACACGUCAGCAAUAAUAACUAUAAGAAAUCAUUUUCAGUUCAGAAUCCUCACUCAAAUAUCUACAAUUCUGGGUCGAUCCACUCAAAGAUAAAAACAACUCAAUCCCCGAUUUCAUAUAAUCAUACACCUGCAAGUCAGUUACACUCAAUCAACAAUAAUUAUGAGCUAAAUUCUAGGAGUAGAAACAAUAUGGAAAGUGAUUGGAAACAGGAUGACAUAAUCAGUAGUAAUAUUGGAAACAUUACUCGCGUUAAUCCAAUUCAAGAACUUCAAAUGCGUGGUCGAAGAGGCGACAAUAACAACUCUGAUGAUGAUCCUCCUUUUAACUUUCAGGCAAUGUUACGAAAAACUCACCAUCAACGAGCAUCAAUGAAACGGACUCCAAUUUUUGAAAGUUACAAUUCUGCUCUACCUCGAAACACUGAUUAUUCUGCAUCAAAUUAUGAAAAGGAUUUCUCACAUAGUGCUAAUAUGAAAAACAACUUGAACAGAAAAGAUUCGCCAGAAUGGAGUCCAAAUGAAAUGGUUCGAAUGUCUGAAGAAUAUGGUAAAAACAGUAAUUGGAAAGAUGAUAAAAAUAUGUACAAAAAAGGAAAACCAAUUACUACAGAGCUAGCUCCUGGAAUAAUUGUUCAAGGGUUUGUUGCUGAAUUAUAAUCUGUAAAAUUUCUCAAUGAGCUGUUUAUACAGCGAUUGUAGUCUGCUAUUGUCUGCCCUAUAUUUAUCAAGUUCAACUGAAUUUUAUUAAUAUUUACUCUAGCUAUGACAGUGUAUGAUUUAGAAAAUUAAACUUGAAAUUAUUUUAAUGAAAUUAA